AGAUAUGGGUCGGCCGAAUCGUGCAAAGGACAAGGACGGUGAUCCUCUUCGUACCCAGAAUGGAAAAAGAUUGGAUUGUCAAAAGUCAAUAUCAGAUCGUAAGAAGGCAAAUUUAGAUCGUCUAAAAGUUUCAAUGCAACGCGCAAAGGCUUUGGGUGGUGAGAUUCCAAUAUUAAAUAGUCUAUCCCUUCAAAUCCCAACUUCUGAUUCUCAAUUUCGGAUAUAUCGAAGAACACCGAGUCUCAGUGAAAGCCAAAGAUCAAUAGUUGCGGAUGCAUUGUCUGUUUUUCCACAGAGCCCACAAGUACCUUGGGUAAUUUUUUUAAAAAAAGGUACAUACUAUUACUAGUAAUGUUAGUUACUAUCUUUGAGCUGGUGGGCAUUACUUGGUCUACACACGGGCAAGCAACAUCUAUUCAACUACUCGAGGUAAAGAUCCAUUUGCUCACCACCAUCGACGGAAGGAGUUUACACCAAUUGAAGCAGUCAUGUUGGAACCGAUUGACAGAGAAUAUGCAAUGGCUGUUGGUGGUUUCCGUAUGCCGGAAGAAUAGAUUUACAAUCACAAUUGUGUUUUCGGGAACUUUCUUUGAAACUUUGGUUUUCAUUCCUUUCUUUUAACGAAAUGAAGCUUGCAUUCUGGGAACAAAGUUAUAUUUCUUUUUCCCUGUGUUC